UGUUUCACAAUGGUGGAUAUGUACGAUGCUGACACUGGAGCUGGCUAUUACAGAUCAAGAGAUCCCGUAAAAAACCUAAAAAUACGAGUUUGUGUAGAAAGAGUAACAUCAGCCAGUAUAGUACCACAAGCACAACUUGAAAAAGAACAUGGCGGAGGAAUGGGACUCCAGGACGUGCGGAAACAGCAGCAGGCCAUGUCAAAGAAGGAUAGAGAAGAAUAUACCUUCAGUUGGCAAGAAAAAGUAUUCAGCCAGAGAGAAGUUGAUUUGUACAGCAAAGAGGAGAACUGCACAGGGGUCCUAGAGAGAAAAUAUCACCAAGAUGUUCAACCACUGAAAGAGAAAGGCCGACCAACCAAGCGAUUAUUUUCAUACACUGCAAAUGACCCAUUCACAGACCAGAAGGAGCACGUUCAGCAUGCAACCACAUCAGUUAGUGAACAGCCAAAUAUUCUCUCACAGAGAGCUGCCAAUGUGAGGAGAAGAAGAGUUGUUGCAAAUAGGAAAAGGGAAAGUGAGAAUGCCAUAGUUCCUAAGAUAAAUAUUGUUGAUUUGGAGCCUACUGAGGAAUCUGUGAAACAGAAUCACUUUAUCAGCACCCCACAGCACACCAUGUAUAUCAUGGUGGACCUCUCUUCAGCAGAUGAUGAGGCCACAAUAGAAGAUGAGUAUGUAUUGUGUGUGAUUAAAGUGGACAUCAAUGGAGUGAUCAGCAUCAAGCCAGACUUCAGUAAAGGAAAGAAACCUUAUAGAAUAGAGACACAAAGCAUUGGAAGAGAGGUUUAUGAGUAUACUCUUGAGGAUGCCUCUGCCAAAAUGAGCAGACAGGAACAGGAUAGAGAGAGGAAGAUGUAUAAAGAGCUUUAUAACAGACAUGGGGAAUUUCUCACAGCAGUGGUUGGGCAUGAUUUUGAAAUGCCUCCACCAGAUGUUCUAAGGAUGUUAGUAUAUGGUGAAAUUGUGUCUGCAAAGAAUUUUGACUAUGACAAUCUUUAUAUUCACUAUUUUGUGGAACUACCAAGAAAUUGGAGAGUAGACAGAAAUCAGCAAUUAUCUGGAGUAACACAAACUUGUACUACCAAAGUGGAAGGAAGGGAUAAUGUGGCAUAUUACAGUUUCCCCUUCAACUUUGAAGUUUUUUACAAGAAUGAAACAGUUAUUGAAGAAAAUAAGGAUUUACUUCCCAAGUGGCCAGUUAUGUACAUAGAGGUGCUGUCUUUAGACUCUUGGCAGCGGUAUAGGACAGAGGGCUAUGGUUACCUGACACUACCAUGUAUUCCAGGUGUCAGUACAGAGGAAGUGACAUGCUGGAGGCCUACAGGAAACUCUGUGGUAUCAGAGUUGAGGCGCUUUUUCAUCGGAGGCUCACCGGAGUUGGAAGAUCUUUCAUACAUUUCUGUUCCUUCAACUUUUGAAGGCAGUCAUCUCAGCAAGUAUGGGUUUAAAACCGAGACCACAGGGAGUGUGACUGUUAGGUUGAAUAUUCUUCAUCAAUCUCAAGCCUUCCUAGAUAAAGCUCAUUCUAAAAAGAAAAUGGGAAAUUUAAUGGAUAGACUUGGUGCUACAUCGUCACAGUUGAGCAUUAUGAAUGUACUUGAUGCUUUUCAAAGAGCCAGACAAAGAAUGAUUUCAGCACGUGAAAAUCUGUUAAAAGAAUUCAAAGAUUUAAAUAUAAGUACCACAGCAAAUGAAAUAAAGGAAGAAGAGUGAAGGCAUGCUGAUAAUGCUGGAAUUAAUGAUCUCAUGUUAAGUUUUGAUACAGUGAAAUCUACUUGAACAUUUUAAAAUUAAUUUUUUUAAACUUUUAAUAGUAACAAGACCAAAAUAUGAAACUUGGUUGAUUAUUUUUACAUGCUGCUACUUGAGUUCCUAUUUUUGACAGUUAUCUUAAACAAUGCAACUUUGUUCAAGACACAAAGCAAUAUUCUUUUCAAUAUUCUAUUCAGAUUAUGAUUGUUUUUUCAAUUUAGGUUAGAAUUUUAAGUUGAUCUUUUAUUUAUAUUCAUUGGAAAAGAAAACAGUCUUUGUAUAAAAUCAUUCUAGUAGGCUUAUUCAAGGCAAAAGGUCAUUGUACAUAUUCAUAAGAUGAAAUUGUAUUAGUUAU